AUGGCGGUCGACGGUCAAGACUGGCGUUUUGCAACCACUCAAGCUCCCAUACGGCGCCGACCGAGACUUAACAGCUUUGUCUUCCAGAAUAUUCCCGGCAGAGCUGGCCCCCGGUCGUUGUCUUUCGACAUUUUCCUCCUUAUCAUCGAUCAACUGAUUCAAGACACGAAGGACGAAGAGACCCCGGCUUUGUGGUGCUUCAGCUACGACGCCCGCGUUGAUACCAGAUUCGUCCUCCGCGAUUACGCCAGGGAACACGCCGCACCUGAAACGUACGACAGCCACAAGUGCCGCUUCAACAGCAUCCACCUUCCCCUCGAGAUCAGCCGAGCCACACGCGGCCUCGUCCAUCAGCACUUCAUCCGCAUUCCCAUGGUCACGGCAGACCUUGCCCAGAACCUCAUCGUCGACGCCUGGGUCCUUCCCGAGAUUGACAGGUUCAGGCCCCAGUCUACCAUGGGCUACGGUUACCCCGACUGCCUGCCCAACAUCAUCUUCACCAACACCCUUCUUCUACCGCCCCCGCAAGCGGUUCUGGUACUCAACUGCAUCCGCACGAUCCACCUCAACACACCUGGCUUCUUCGCCAGCGACAACCCCAGAGGCGUUGGCAGUCUGCUUACACUGCCCAACCUCAAGAGCAUCAUUUGCAACGUCGACUUUGGAGGCGUCGUAGAGGAUGAUCUGAGCCCGCGCUCCCCCGACAUCAUUGAGAUACCCGCCCUGCUUGAUUCUUUAACUCAGUGGCGCGACGAUAAUGAGCAGGCGUUCAUGACGAUGUGGCCCGCAUUCGAGAAGAAGGGUGUCAAGAUGCUGGGCAAGUGCAUCUUUGGCGACGAGCAGCCCAUCUUGGAGGUUCUCCGGACGCCGUAUGGCAUUCGGAUUCGGUACCUGAACCCGGAUGCUCGAUUCUCUGAGUCUUCCGAGUCGCAGGAUGGCGAGAACUAG